AUGGGCAAGGCCCGGGACUACUACCAGUCCGUCUCGUCGUACCUGGGCACCAACGGCCAAUCCGUCGUCAACAAUACAAUAUACAGCGAGGGCAUCGAUGAGCUCAUACAGCCCUUCUUCAACACCACCAGUCCGUGCGCCAACUUUCCAAACACCGAGAACAUCCUGCUCGUCAUGAAGACUGGAGCGACCGAGGCUUUCGACAAGGUCCCCACCCAGCUCUUGACUGCCAUGCAAUGUCUGCCCGACUUCCUCAUCUUCUCUGAUAUGGAGCAACAAAUCGGCUCGUAUCAUAUCUACGACGCACUUGCGGACUUUGACAAGACCACUCUUGAGAAACACUCCGAUUUCGAACUCUACCGCCAACAACAAGAUUGCCCAGUGUCCCAAAAGUCGUGCAACAGUGUCCACGAGGAUAGACAAAAGGCUUGGAACCUCGACCGUUACAAAUUCAUCCCCAUGAUGGAGAAGACCUGGAAGAUGCGCCCUGGCAGGGACUGGUAUGUCUUUGCCGAGGCUGACACAUACGUCUUCUGGUCAAACCUUGUCUAUUGGCUCAGGCACAAAUCUCCCAUCAGCCAUCAUGACAAGGUCUAUCUUGGUAGCCGCAGCUUCAUCGGUGGGACCCCCUUCGCUCACGGCGGAUCUGGCUACGUGCUCAGCGGUGCCCUGCUGGAGCAUCUCAUCGAGCACCACCCGGUCGUGGUGGAGCAUUACAACAAGAAGGGCAUGCAUGAGUGCUGCGGCGAUCUCAUGCUUGCUCAGGCACUCGACGAAUAUGAGCAUGUCAAGAUCCGCCAGACGUGGCCCAUGUUCAACGGCGAGAAGCCGAGCACGCUCCCAUAUGGCCCAGGACACUGGUGCGAACCAAUCUUCACAAUGCACCAUGUCAACGCCGAGGAGAUUAGCACGACCUGGCUGUACGAAAAGACACGUAUUUCCAAUGAACCGAUUCUCAUUAGAGAUCUCUACGAAGGCUUGGUUGCGCCCAAGAUGGUUGAGAUGAGACAGGACUGGGACAACCUCUCUGACGACGUCUGCUAUGUUAAUCCCGACCCCGAGGCCCAAAAGGCAGCCGAGGGUUAUCAGAGAGACCGCCAGAAGAAGCCGGGGGAGCUGAACUCAGUGGAGAAGGAGGCCUGGAAGUCGUGGGAGAACUGUGCCAAGGUCUGCGCCCACGGCGACAAUGAGAAGAGCAACGAUCUGAGCGAGGUGAGCCUGGCCAAGAAGCGCAACAGGGAGUGCUUCCAGUAUCGCUGGAACAAGGAAGUAUGCUGCGUAUCGAAGAGCUUCAAGCUGGGUGAACCCAAGGAGAAGUCCGACAAGACGAAGGACCGGUGGAUGAGCGGCUGGUACCUGAAGGGCAUCAAUGACUGGAUCCAGGCUACUGGCGAGUGCAAGGAGCCUCGUUGGGUCACGCCAGAGCAGCCAUAG